AUGCUCAUUACAGGCGGUGCCGGGUUUAUUGGCAGCCAUUUUGUGCGAUAUGUUCUCAAUGCGUAUCGCGAUUAUCGCGUUAUCAAUUUGGACAAGCUGACGUAUGCAGGCAAUCUGGACAAUUUGCUGGAUGUUGUGGAGAAUCCCCGGUAUGAAUUUGUACGGGGUGAUAUUUGCGAUGCCGGGUUGGUCAAUGAGUUGAUGCAGCGGGUUGAUUUGGUGGUGAAUUUUGCUGCGGAGAGCCAUGUUGAUCGGAGCAUUAUGGGUGCGGAAGAGUUUAUGAAGUCCAAUGCCCUGGGUGUGUACACGUUGCUCGCUGCAGCGCGAGAUUGCGGUGUCGAGCAGUUUUUGCAGGUGAGUACAGAUGAGGUGUAUGGGUCUUUGGAAGAGGGGGAAGAUCCGUGGACGGAAGAUGCACCUGUUGCGCCGCGCAAUCCCUAUGCAGUGGCGAAAGCAUCGGGAGAUCUUAUGGCGCGGGCGUUUGCCAUUACUUAUGAAAAAAUUCUGGAGUAUUUGGAGAAGCCCAAAGAUUUGAUGCAGCAUGUGACUGACCGGCCCGGGCACGAUAUGCGGUAUUCGUUGGAUGCAUCAAAAAUUAUGGCGCUGGGUUGGAAGCCAAAGUACAAUUUUGAAGAGGCAUUGCGCCUGACGGUUGAAUGGUAUCUGGGCAAUGAAGAUUGGUGGCGAAAAAUUCGAGAUAGCGCGAGUUAUCGAGAGUAUUACAGGCGGCAGUAUGAAGAGCGGAAAUAG